UCCCCGAGUCAAGCUCACGCUCUCUCCGGCGUUAGUCCGAGAGAACCGAUGGAGUGUUUGAAAUUCGCAUUCGCUUUUAUCCUCUGUCAGUCAUUCGAUCCAGUUGCCACCGGAGACAACUCAACCCCUCACCCAUGUUUCCUCCUCGAGAAGGCCCGCCCCUUUGUAGAGUCCCCCCUGAGCCAUCUAGUAUUCCGCAGCGUUACCCGUGCCGCAGUCUCAGCUACGCGCUACCUUGUGACGUCACCGAGGGAAGAGGCGGGUUCUCUCCUACUCCCGGAAGACGUCCGUUUUUUUGAUUGGCUGUUCAAGACGUCCUUUAGGACGUGUCGCCCUUUCUGUGUGCGCUCUGAGCGUGGGCGUCCCUGUGGGGGUGUGUGGCUGGGGCUUCUGGACCUGGCACCAGCCACCUAGCCCCUUCCAUCAGGGGUUCGGCUUAGGGUCGCCCCUGGCGGGCGGCUCUCGAAUUUUGAAGAAAAGCACGAGAACUCGGACCGCUGCGGGGCUGCGGAGGUCCGCUGGGCAGGCAGGAAGAUGGCGGCAGCGUCGGUCUCUGCGACUUCUGGUUCUCAGUUCUCGAACAUCUUAGCCGAACCAUCAAGGCCUAAUGGAAGUAUGGUUCGCCAUUCCUCAUCUUCAUAUGUAGUGUAUCCACCUGAUAAGCCUUUCCUUAAUAGUGAUCUACGACGCUCCCCGAAUAAGCCUACGUUUGCCUAUCCAGAAAGCAACAGCAGAGCCAUAUUUUCUGCUCUGAAGAAUCUGCAAGAUAAAAUUCGACGCUUAGAACUUGAAAGGAUUCAAGCAGAAGAAAGUGUGAAAACCUUGUCUAGAGAAACAAUUGAAUAUAAGAAAGUAUUGGAUGAACAGAUACAAGAAAGGGAGAAUUCGAAGAAUGAGGAAUCAAAGCACAAUCAAGAACUGACAUCUCAGUUGUUAGCUGCAGAAAAUAAAUGUAAUCUUUUAGAAAAGCAAUUGGAAUACAUGCGUAAUAUGAUAAAGCAUGCAGAAAUGGAAAGGACAUCAGUCUUAGAGAAACAGGUUUCCCUAGAAAGAGAACGACAACAUGAUCAAACACAUGUUCAGAGCCAACUUGAGAAAUUGGAUCUUCUUGAACAGGAGUAUAACAAACUUACCACAAUGCAGGCCCUUGCAGAAAAAAAAAUGGAAGAGUUGGAAGCAAAACUCGGUGAAGAAGAACAGGAAAGGAAACGUAUGCAAGCUAAGGCAGCCCAGUUGCAGACUGGUCUAGAGGCAAAUAGACUUAUCUUUGAAGAUAAGGCAACUUCAUGUGUUCCCAGUGCGAGAAGAAUUAAAAAGAAGAAAUCAAAACCACCAGAAAAGAAAGGUUCUAGGAACUAUUUUGCUGCUCAACCGCAUUAUAGAUUAUGCUUGGGUGAUAUGCCAUUUGUAGCUGGAAAGUCCACCAGUCCUAGCCAUGCUGUGGUAGCCAAUGUUCAGCAUGUCUUGCAUCUAAUGAAGCAACACAGUAAAGCCUUGUGCAAUGAUCGCGUAGUCAACAGUGUUCCUUUGGCAAAGCAAAUAUCUUCACGAAGUGGUAAAAGUAAGAAGUUGUCGGUAAUGCCUCCCUCCUCUAGCAGCAUUAAUGAAGAGUUGUCAGAAGUCUUACAGACUUUACAAGAUGAAUUUGGGCAGAUGAGCUUUGAUCACCAGCAGCUUGCGAAGCUCAUCCAAGAAUCACCAACCGUUGAACUGAAAGACAACUUAGAGUGCGAACUGGAGGCAUUAGUGGGAAGAAUGGAGGCAAAAGCCAAUCAAAUAACUAAAGUUCGAAAAUAUCAAGCCCAGCUGGAGAAACAGAAGAUAGAAAAGCAGAAGAGGGAAUUAAGAACCACCAAAAAGACUCUUGAUGAAGAAGGAAAUAGCAGCAGCCGUUCUUCGGGAAACACAGGGACCACAAAUAAGAAGGACUUUGCCAAACCAAGACCUGGAGAUAAAAGCAGAAAAAAUCUUCAAUUAUUGAAGGACAUGCAAACCAUACAGAGUUCAUUACAAAGCAAUAAUUUGUGUUGGGAUUACUAACUGAUACCAGGUCAUAAAUUUUAUUCAGAUAAUCUGUACCUCAUCAAUCAGAUGUUGACAGCUUACUUUCCAGGUCUCAUAUUCUCUUAUGUUGGAAUUAAUUAAUAGGAGGUAUUAAGGGGCUCAACCAAGCUUCUUGUAUUAGGCAUCACAACUAAAUGGUAAACCACCUAAAUGGAAUCCAGGGGAGUUUUAAAGGCUAAGAAGCCACAAAUGCUCUGUUUCUUUGUUUGAGGUGAAUUUGCUGUACAGAAAUAUUGCACUUUGUAAACAAAUUACCAAUUUUUUACUUGUGGGUGUGUUUUUUUAAAAAUAGUUCUUUAUAUAAGUAAAAUUAGGUUUAAAUUAUCAAAAUAUGAGGCUAUCCCAUAGGCAGUGUUUGCUUGAAAAGUCUCAUUUUUAAAUCUUUCCCUUGCAUAAAUCACCCUUUUCUCCUUUCCAAUACAGCCAUUAAAUAUACUUUGUUUCAACUAUUAAAUAAUGGAGGUUUUCUAUAUUUAAAUAUUUAUACAUAUUUAAGAGGAUUGUUUUGUUUUGCUUUUUGACAUUUCAAACAUUGAUCAGUAUUAAAUACAUUUGUAUUGAUUUUUAAUCCACUGUUAAAAAUUUUUUAAAAACCUAAGCAUUCAUUUUAAGUCAAUUAACCAUAAAAAUUAUAAAAGCAUUUUUAAAAGUAUAAACAAAUUGUUAAUGAAGUAAAGAAGUUUGGAAUGAAGAAGGGGAGGUGUUUAUAAAGCAUAUACAUUUGCUGUUUUUAAGUAAUACCUGUUUGUAAUCAUGCUAUUCAGUUCAAGGCAUUAUGGUUUUUAAUCUUAAAACUUAGAAGAACCCCUUGGUAAUUACUUUUAUUGUUGUACAGUAUGAGUGCGAUAUUAACUGUACACGUGCAACUGUCAUUAUGUUAAUGUAAGUCAUAAUUUUGAAUAUAUCAAGACAUGUUAACUUUUCUUAAAUUUGUCACUGAAGUCAAUAAAGCAGCUUUUUUAAGGAAA